AUGUAUGAAAUAAGUACAACAAAAUUGGACAUCACAGUGAUAAUUGAAAGAAAUCGAAAGGGUCAAGGAUCAGAAAACAUCGGAGGAUAUGAUUAUUUCUGCAGCGGGAUACCAAAGGAGAUGAGAGCCCAACAGGAAGCCUUUAUAUCAAUACGAAAGAAACUAUGGAAAUGCAGGCAAACUACUUGGCAGGCCAUAACUAAAAGGCCAAUAGUAAUGUGCCCUACUAUAAAAGGACAAAAAUGCACAAUCUUGGGAGUGUAUGCAGUAAAUGAUGAUGCACCAGUAAGCGUUAAAAAUUAUUUUUUUAAGAACCUGCAUUUAUAG